UACCUUGUCCACUAGUCCCUCCAGAUAAUGUUGUACCAGAGACUUCAUACUCUAGCUCAGAAGAUGAAGACUUCUUUGAUGCUGACGACUUCCCCGGUGCCACUCCAUCACAGAGCCCUAGUCUGCCAUUCCCCGGUCUGCCAGCUCAUCCUCCGGCCUGCCAGCUCAUCCUCGGCCUCCAGCUCAUCCCCCGGCCUGCCUCAGCUCAGGCCUGCCAGCUCAUCCUUCGGCCUGCCAGCUCAUCCCUGCCAGCCUCAUCCCCGGCCUGCCAGUUCAUCCCAGCCUGCCAGCUCAUCCCCCGCCUGCCAGCUCAUCCUCGGCCUGCCAGUUCAUCCUCCGGCCUGCCAGCUCAUCCCCCCGGCCUGCUCAGUCAUCUCCCCCAGCCAGGCCUGCCAGCUCAUCCUCCGGCCUGCCAGCUGUGCCAGCUCAUCUCCCGGCCUGCCAGCUCAUCUCCCGGCUCUGCCAGCUCAUAUUCCGGCCUGCCAGCUCAUUAUCUGGCCUGCCAGCUCAUCUCCCGGCCUGCCAGCUCAUAUUCCGGCCUGCCAGCUCAUAUUCCGGCCUGCCAGCUCAUUAUCUGGCCUGCCAGCUCAUCUCCCGGCCUGCCAGCUCAUCCCCGCGGCCAGCCAUCUCUUACACGCUGGUCUAUUUUACAGUAA